AUGAGCUCCCCGCCGCCUCCAGUGGUGGAGUUUCCCUACCUACUGCCGGCGCAGCGGGAGCUGAUGGUGGAAGUCCUCUCCAUUGUGGAGACUGGGCUCGGGCCGCAGCUCCUCCCCUCCACCGUGCCCUCCGACGUCCUGUCCUUCCAAAAUCCGUCCGGGUCGGCCCAUGGUGCCAUCGAUAUCCGACACGGUGGCCGCGAUUCCACGGUGGACUUCGUACUGGAAUCAUGGCUGCAUUGCCAGAUCCCUACUGGUGCUCUUAAUAUAGCCACUUUGUUGGUCUUUCUUAAUUCUUCCACAGAUGCUCCUCACCUUCUUAUGGACUUCAUACAAGGAAGCCCAACCUCCCUCGUUCUCCUCCUGGACUUGAUACCACGCAAGGAUGUCGCCCUCCACCCUGACUACCUUGACGAAUUUUACCAUCAAACCGAUCUGGAUAAAAAGAGGCAAGUGCUUUCCAAACUUCCACAGGUGCAACCUUACAUGCCAUCCUCUAUUUAUGCCCGCAGUCUCCUAUCACCCACAGCAAUUGUAGUUAACAUCAAUUGCGGUGACGGGAACGAACAGACCUUGCUGGAAGAGAUAAUCCGUGGCAAACUCAAUUUGAUUUGCAAGGAGAUUGUUCAAAUAUGGUUAAGCUUAUGUGUUAAAACUAGGCUAUCGAGUGAAGUGGAUCAAGACAUUUUGGUUAAAAGAGAUAGUUUGAUCAAGAGCAAGGUCAUUGAAAUUGAUCUCGAGGCAAACCUGCCUAGAAUGUUCACUCCUGAGGUCGCAAGCCGCAUAAUAAGGGAAAUUAAGGAGGCUUAUAAGGUAUAAGACAGUGGAAAAAAU